AUGGCGGCUCUUCUUGUUGUCCUCUGCGCGCUCGUCGCUGGUGUCGCGGCCCAGCUCUCGGUCCCCGGCAACAGCACGUUUGACGCCCAAAUCAACCAAAUUCUGCACUGGGACAGCCUUCACCAGUCCAAUCUCGGCCUCGCACCCAAUGCGAUCGCCGCCGCCGCCGUGGCCAUUGGCAUCGUCAUCACGUUCUAUGGCUUCACGCUGCUUCGGCCCGUCAUCUUUGUUACGGGCUUCCUCGUCGGCGCCGUUGCCGGCUUCAUUGGCGCCGCGAUGCUGCUUCAAACCAAACCGUAUGUCGUCACGGCAUGCUGGGCGGCCUUCGCGCUUGGUGGUCUCCUCUGCGGCAUCCUUCUCACUGUCCUCUUUGGCGUCCUUGCGAUCGUGCUCGAGCGGCCGUUUGUGAUUUUCGCCCUGAGCGCGUUUGGCGCUAUCAUGAUCACGUGGGGCAUUGGGUACUUUGCUGGCGGGUACCCGAACGCAACGAGCCUGCCGCAGUCGCUCAAGAACGGCACUGUGAGCGUCGACAUUCCGUACUCGUGGUGGGGCUACGUCGUUGGCACUGUCGUCUUGUGCAUUCUUGGUAUGUACUUUCAGCAACCGUCGCCACCUCUAAAGAUGCACAAGCGCUUUGUUCAUGACAAACCCUUUAUCCACUGCUAA